AUGACUAUGGCGACCGUGCUCAUAGCUCGUACCAAUCACAUGCGGCUCCUCGUACAGCAUUAUCCACCGCCCGCUCGAUCUCCGUCGUUUCUGACCUCUUUGGUCGCCUCUCGAUCACCCGUCAUCGCUCUUUUUCGACGCACAAGCUCUUCAGCGUCAAAAGCUUCAGCAGCACAGGCAACUGCUUCUUCUGCCGGUAAAAUGUCGCAUCUCGAGAGACUGAAGGAUCUAUGGCGCAAGUACGGAGUCGUCGCGAUGGGAACGUACUUCAGUUUGUAUGGGGCAGUGCUGGGCUCGAUAUAUCUGGCUAUUGACCAGGGAUGGGUUCACACUGACACUGGGAGGAACUCGAUGAGGAGCGCCAAACAAUCGGACGAGAAUUUUGAUCUGGUGUCCACGACGAACAAAUUCGUGAAAUGGGCCGAAGAUUUCGGGAUCGCGCAGUACUUGGAGGUGGAGCGUGUGAACGCCAAGACAGGCUCGUUCUUGUUAGCCUGGGUCGCGACGAAGUUCACCGAGCCUCUUCGUUUGGCGCUAACGGUCGCUGCAACGCCGCGGAUCGCGCGUUUUCUUGGUCGUGCACCUAAGCUGCCGCCGAAAACAACGGGGGGGAAAUUCGCGAGUACGAUGCAGAAGCAGCAGACAGUAAAGAAGGAGCAGCAACCAAAAGCGUGA